UAAUUUGUGAAAUGAAUGUUUCAUUUUGCAAAAAAUACAGUGUAAAUACUUUCUUUGCGUUGGAAAAUUAACCAUGAAAUCUUCCGCUCUGAUUCUGUUACCAGUCUUCGUUUUGUUGAGCACAACUUCGUGUAAUGCAAAUACCACAACUACGACUACCACCACGACCACUACUACGACCACGACCACUCCGGGAUACACUGCACCUCCCGACCGUCUCGAUUUGUGGGACCCUUGUGCAAGAAAUGACCACUUGACAGAUCUCAACUUUACUUGUUGCGCAGCAAAACGGUAUGACGCUCCUUCCAUGUAUAAGGACCCUGAGAACUGUUUCGGCAAAGUGGGUGCCAAAUCGGACUUAAUCGUCAAAUCUGCCUGGAAAGCCUUCAAAUGCCUCGUUGACAAUAGUUUGGGCAGCAAACCUAUAACACCUCUCAAUCUGGCAGAGCAACUCAUGAAAAAUCUGCCCUCCAGUGUCCAGAGUGACAUUAAAGAAAAAUUGAACAAAAUUACGACCGGGGGAGAUUCGCCUUUUGCAAAUAUACCGGAACUAAAAGAGUCCUACGAAUCCUAUUGGACGGCUUGGAAUGCAUACUACACUGCAGAAAACCAGGCGUGCAGUUCAGCAGGGUCGAAAAACCAAUCCAUCGAUCAACCAGAAGACAACAGUCGCUGUUACGACUGGAUUGAACAAUCAUCUCGACGUGGCGAUUGCUGCAAAACAGUGCCAAUUCCUUUUCAAUUAAACCCUGAUCCCAUCGUGGAUCGGUAUUAUGCCCUCAAAAAUUUUAGUGCGACCCAUUUGAUGGCACUGGUCGGGAAGGAUUUUGAUUGGAAGAACACGACCAUUGUGAUGUACAGUAAUAACGUAGCGAACUGUGAGCGAACGGCCAAGUUCAUUUUGCAGGGAGUCGUUAAGGAGGAAGAUGUCAAGAAACAGGUCGAUGCUCGGGUUCCUCCUGAUUAUCGAAAGAUUGCAGAAGCCAUCGUUCCAAAAUUUAUUGAUAGAGAUGUCAGGGAGCAGAUUUUGUUCGAUGUGGUUAAUGUGACGGCGAUAAACGAGGAUUCGGAUAUCCAAUCGUACAAUGAUAGCUCGAUGUCAUUGUAUCAAACCAUUUAUGCUGAUGAGUGGAAGAGUCGCAAAUAUAAUGAGAAUGCGACCCGUUUUCUCUUUUGGACAUGUCGUGCCCAUAACUUGAUCGUGCGGCGGUACAAAGAUGCAAAUGUUACGGGAUUCUGUUACUAAAAUAUAUGAACGAAUUUCACCAGCCGUGAGAAGAACAGUUUUAAUUGCUUUACGCAAUUUUUUUUGGAAAUAGAAGA